CUGUUACUCACGAACUGCGGUUGCAUUACAACCUAGCGAAAACACACACACACACACACAAACGAACAAACAAGGCUCAGGGCUAGCUGACGGUAUGAAGAAAGUUAGCUAAUAUAGACCGCUAGCUAACUACAAGAACCAAAACGCUCCUGUGAAAACAAACCUGAUCACCUAAACUACCUACUAGCAGAAGCAUGAGUGUCAGAAAUCGGUCAGGUGCUUCAGCCAGCCAGAUGUGUUGUGCCUCGUCCUUUUUUAAUCAGCCACCCCGCGUGCUGAUAGUUGACACAUCGCCACCUUGCUGGUCAGAGACACGUUCGGUCCUGUGCGAGGCCCUUGAGAACUUUCUCUCUCUGGCAAGCAGCUUAGAGGGACCCAGUCGAGUACCUCUGCUCAGCCUUUAUGCAGUAAACCUGCACCAGGAAUGUCUACUGCCAUUUGUGCAGGUGAAGGGGAAUCUUGUGCGUUUACACUCAUGUGUGGAGGAGCUACGCUCUCUGCCUACGGAGGGCUGUACACGGCCACAGGUCGAACUUCUUAAACAGGCAGUGCUGGACAGCCUGCAGCAGUACAAACACUACACCUGCCAUGCCAGUCUGGGAAAAAAACAACACAGCAGCUCUGUAGAGGUGACGGUAGUGAGCAGUGAGCCGGGCCAUGCUGUACUCAGGCAGCUGGAACGUGGCCUGAAGGACUGUGACUUGGUCAGUCUGCGACGGCUAGUGGUUGUCCACAUCGCCGUGGAGCAGAACCUUCCAGACCGAGAGCCAGCCCGGAGCCCGGAGUCCUGUUCUACAGAGGACAUGGAGCAAGCCGACGUUGAUCUGACGCUUAGUGCUGAGACGGACUUGCAGCUAGUGGAGAACAGCGUCAUCGCUGUAGAGAACCUUCUGAAGUCAUGGCUUCAUGACCAAACAGGAGAGCAAGAGCACCUUCAGCUGCUGAUACCUGCAUGUGUACAAGCAGACAGUCCAAAACCCACUGCUGCUCAUAGACCUGUGUGUAUAAAGUGUGACAUGCAGGAAAGGCUUGUGAGUCCAGCUCUUCUCCCUUGCACGCCUGACCUUGGAACGAAAACCGAGAGCACACGGGACUUCCCUCCAGCUAGCAAGAACUCGUGCGAUCAGAGCUCAGGGCCGCAGAGACUGCGAGUCAUCAAAGUGCUGCAUGCAGAAGGAGUGUGUCAGUCUGUUUUGUAUGGCCUUCCACUAAUCAUCAGACCUACAACUUGUUGGCAGCUGGACUGGGAAGAGAUGGAGAGCAACCAUCAGACCUUCCACGCUCUCUGUCACACACUUCGAACCCGUGAUUGGUUUCUCUUAGCGCGUUCAGAGACUGAGUAUCGUUCUGCGUCCAGCACGUUUUCCUACUACGUGCUCCAGUCUUCAGCUUCCCUCUCUCUCUUACUGAAACCUGUCGUUACAAGAGAAUUAAUGCUGCCCUGCGAUCUGCCUGUCUCAAGCGAGGAGCCACCCUUCAACACACUCAAUAUGAUGAAGAGGUGUCUGGAGCAACUGGAGAUGGAUCCUGUGUUUAACCCUCUCUAUCUGGGCAGGAAUCUCUACCCGUACCUGAGGAUGCGAGGCCUGCUGUCUCGCUCCUAUGGCUCUCGCCUUCAGAGCCAAGGAAGAGGUCAGCGUCGAGACACAAACCGAGCAGCAGAGGGCUCCAUACCUCGGCAGUUGCAGCAAGGUCGUGUCAGAGCAAUGGUUGCUCCUCUGUCAUCUGCACCCCCAGCCAAGAUGUCCCGCCCCGUCCUGACCCUGAGCCGUUCACGACACCUUGACCCCUCCCUUUGCUUAGUGGACAAUGAUGUGGAUAGCGAUCAUCUAAUGAUGAUGUGA